UCAUAGUAUUAGUAUUUCAAGUUUUCGCCUUGAACAAAUUGCGACUAAAUGAAAUGGUUUCGAUUCAGCAGGUAUCCGGCGCAAUAAAUGAUAGAAGUCUAAAUAACAUUAUCGUCAUACUUGUAGCGGUAAUAUUAUUUUUAGUAGUUCUAUAUUAUAAAAUGGUAAACCGGAGAAAGACAUUGUUGGCAAAUCGAAUACCGGGUCCAGAUGGGAUCUUCUUCUCGUUACCUGUUUCAAUUGGAGCCCCUGAAAAACUGUGGUUGCAUUUUUUUAAAAUCAGCAUAAAAUACAAGAAUACCUUAAGCAAAUUGUGGAUGUUAGAUCACUUAUUGAUAUUUCCUAAGAACCCUGAAGAAAUUGAAGCGGUCGUUACCAAUCCUGACAUGUUCUUAAAACCUAAAGAAUAUAAUAUGUUAAACGAAUCGAUUUUGGGCGAUGGAAUAUUUUCCAAUAAGAAGUUUGAUGAAUGGAAAAAGAACCGAAAAAUGGUAGCUGUGGGGUUGAAAUAUUCGAUGCUCAAAUCGUUCAUACCAAUAUUUCACGAGGAAGCAAAAUUCUUGAGCCAAGUAUUGUACGAGAAACGGGAAAUCAAUUCAGAUGAUUGCGAAAUAAGCUCGGCAAUCGGUAUGGCGACUAUGGAGAUUAUCGGAAGAGCCGCUUUAGGUGUAAAAUUGAACGCACAGAAAAACGCCAAACAUGUAUUUGUGGAGAAUUUCCGUGUCAUCCAAAAGGUUUGGGCGUACCGAGUGUCAUAUCCGUGGUUUCUGGACCCGAGUCUGUUUAAGUUGUCGUCGAUUAAACGUAAACACGACAUUAGUCAAAGUAGCAUUUACGACUUCGUCGAUGAUUUAAUUCACAGAAAGUAUGCAGAAUUGAAGGAUAAUAUAAACAGUCAAGAAGAACCCGACGAAGAGUGUAUUGGCAUUAAAUAUAAAUCGUACAUUGAGAUACUGCUCGAGAAUGGACAUCAGAUGUCACUUAAACAAUUACGACAUGAAGUAAUAACUAUUAUGGUCGGAGGUCAUGAAACGACGGCUAUGGCAAUACCGUGUAUAAUAUUUAUGUUGGCUCAUCAUCAGGAUGUACAAAAUAAAGUGUUGGAAGAGUUGAUGAUAAUAUUUUCUUCCGGAGAUCCGGAUCGACAACCUACCUUAGACGAUUUACAAAAAAUGGAUUACUUGGAACGUGUAAUCAAAGAAACUCUGAGACUUUAUGCCGUUGUUCCCAUGUUCGGCAGAAGCGUUGAAAAGGAAACAAUGAUUGGAGACUAUUUAAUCCCUGCGGGGUCGACGUUUAUGAUUUUUCCUCCUCUGAUACACUUAAAUGCGGAAUUCUAUCCGGACCCAGAAAAGUUCAAUCCGGACAACUUCUCACCUGAAGCAUGUAGCAGUCGCCAUCCGUAUUCGUUCAUUUCUUUUAGUGCCGGUUACAGGAAUUGUCCUGGUAUCAGGUAUGCAAUGCUCUCGAUGAAAACUGUCAUCUCAACACUGGUCCGGUCUUAUCGUUUUCGUCCGUCGGAUAAGUGUCCCAAACCUGAAAAUCUUAAUUUAAUGUUUGCUUUUACAAAAAAGUUCGUCGACGGCGGGGUACACGUUAAACUCGAAGCGAGGAGGUAAUCAAUUACUCAAGCUGGGUUAUGAAUCAGAAUUAUUUACCCGUUCGGAUAGGGGU